UUUGUAUUUGCGUGGGCGGGGCUUGUGUUUGAAGGUGCAGCGGGGAAACAUGGAGUAGUCCUGAUGCGUCGUCUUUGUGAUUAACUUACUGCCAUUUGUCUGAAGGAGUCAGCUUUAAAACACCCCGAAUUGCACAGAACGGAUAAUGUUGACACGGGCGUGUUGCAGUUGAUAACAUUCUCUGUAGGUGAUUAGCCCAGCUCGGAGCUAAACAUAGUGUGAGCUAACUGGUAAGUUUCACAUUUACCCACGCAUGGCAGCCAUCUGCGUUGUCUUACUGCCGAAUACAACACGACGCUUCUUUGGGAAUUAAAAUGCCUAUUCGAGCAGUUUGUACAAUUUGCGCCGAUUUCUUCGAUCCCUUCAAAGAUGUCGCUGCCAUCCACUGCGGCCACAUUUUUCAUCACGACUGCCUACUUCAGUGGUUCCAAGCAGCGCCUAUAAAGUCAUGUCCGCAGUGUAGGAAGCAGGUCAGCAGCAGGCAUGUUAUUAGCAGGCUCUUCUUUAACAUUCCUGCAGAGGAAGAGUGUUCAACAGAUCCUGAAUACUUGCAGAAUGAACUUGGCAGGCUAAGGGUCCUUCUAAGUUCUAAAGAAAAGGACUGGCGGGACGAACAAAAAAAUGUGGAGGCUCUUAAGGACACUGUGGACAAGCAGGGGAGAGAUUUGGACAGUAUGAAGAAAGAUGUUGUAGAUAAGGAGAAGUUGUGUUCUGCUCUCAGAAAACAAAUGACCUACCUGGAGACUCAACAUCAUGACACCCAGGCUGUUAAGGAGGAGGCUCGCAGACUGAGGACCAAACUGAAAACAUAUGAGAGCCUGAAUGUUUUAUUACAAGGUCAAAGAUCAGAAGUGGAGUCCAUGAUUACAGACAUGGGGGUUAGUCAGGCUGCUGUGGAGCAGCUCUCCAUCUACUGUAUCUCUCUCAAAAAAGAGUAUGACAACUUAAAGGAACGCCUAAAAUCUUCUAACGACGCGUGCGAGAGGCUGAGGAGGGAAGUGUUCAAUUCCAACAACAAGUUACAAAAAGCCUCAAUGGCAGCGAAUCAAGCAAAAGAGGACAAGGAGUCUCUGCAAAAGGAUCUGGAGGGUGCUGACAAAGAGAUCUCUAGUCUGAAGAAGAAGGUGGAGUUCCUGCAGAAGUCUCUGACUACGCCAACACGGACCAACGAGGCACUCAGUCGGCUGGUCUUUGAGAGCCCGGCUCCUAUAGAGCUGAAACCACACCUCCACCAGCCUGUGGAUGGUGAGGACGUUGACCUGAACAUGACUUUUGACCUAAAUACCCCAAAUGAUGUGACCAAGAGACCAAUGAAGGCCCCAUCCAAGAAGAUGCACUCAGACCAUCAAUCGUCAUCCGUGUCAAAACACAAAGAGAAAACGUCGUCGUUAAGCAAGGCCCGAGAGGAAGAUCCUUUUUUGAGGAACUCCCUCCUCUUCAGGAAGAAGACUUUUAGGAGCAUGUUGGACCCUCAGAGGAAGCUUGGAGCUGUGAAAAGUGGUUACGAUGGAUUAGGAGGACGGACCAAAUUCUUCCAGCCUUCCCCAUUGGCAGAGAUCCGCCCACUGAUGAAAGCUAAAAAGAAAAAGGUGAGCAGGCCCCCUCCCAAGGCGACGACCUGCCUGACGCUGGACAGCUUCCUGGAAUGAGGGAGUCACACAGGACUCUUUCUCCAAAAAACACUUUAUAUAUUUUUUUGAGACAUCGGAACAUUUUAUGUUUGUGUUUCAACCGUCAGACAGUCUUUUCUGACGUUUUGUUUUUGCGUGUGAAUGAAUUCAUGUGCUUGAUUGAAUCUGAGUCAGAAUUAUGAAAUAUGGUCACUUUUGCACUUAUUUAAAAUCUGCUGUAUGGUAGUCAAAAUGUUUUAGUUGAUUGAUCCUAUCAAAUGGACACCACUUACAUAAUAAAGAGUAUCUUUUUUUUAUUAA